CAUUAUUCAACAGACAAACAGGCCGAGUCCAUGUAGUCGAACCGCACACAGAGGAUGGCUCACGUUUUGCGGCCGUUGAUUCAAUGGCCCCGGUGGUGGCGCCACCGUCACUCGACAUUCUCGCCUCUCCUCUUUCUCCAUUCAACUUCAACACGCGCCGCCACGAGUGCUCCGUUCUUCGCAGUCUUCUCCACCUCAUUCCGCGAAGCUCACUCCCGCUCCCGCGGUCUUAAAUCACGCGCCGCAGCUUCGUCCGCCGACGUUGCUGAGAGCGACGGCGAAUCCUCUGAUGGCGGCGGAGCGAAGAAGAGCCGGAAUGAGAAAAAGCGGGAGGCUCACCGCGCCGUACGCUGGGGUAUGGAUUUAGCCAGCUUCUCUAUUCCCCAAAUCAAAUUCAUUCUUAGAGUGGCGGAAUGUGAGGUAGAGGUGUUUGAAGCUCUAAUGGUAGUGAAGGGACUAGGCCGUGAUGUUCGAGAAGGAAAACGGAGACAAUUGAAUUAUAUCGGAAAACUGCUACGAGACGUGGAGCCUGAACUAAUGGAUGGUUUAAUUCAGGCCACAAAAGACGGGGACCAGAGUAAGUUUCAACACUUAUUGGUUGAUGACAAAGAAGAAGAAGAUGGAGAAGAAGAAAUCGAAGUGGAGGAUGACGAAGAGGAUUCUGCGGUCAGCCCUUUUGUAACGAGAUGGUACGAUGGCCUGAUCAAUAAGGAUAUUACCAUUACCAAUGAAAUAUAUUCACUUCGGGAAGUUGAUUUCGAUCGUCAGGAACUACGACAAUUGGUUAGGAAAGUGCAAUCUGCACUAGAGCCUAAAUCCAAUUUAGAGGAAAACGGAAAACCAGCCGCCGCUGCUGCUGCUGCUGCUGCUGUGAACGCGAGAAAAUCCCUCACUCGUUUCCUCCAAGUUCUUGCUGAACAACUUCCAGCUAAGUAACUUAUCUGUAUCUUUAUAUGUACUCGAACAAUUUAUCCUAAAUUUUUGAAUUUUUUUAUUUAAAUUUUGUUUCGUAAUUGAUUAUCUUCUUAGGUGAAUGAAUCACAUAAUCAGAGUCGAUUGUCUUUAAUGCUU